CUCAAUUGUCGCCGUCGUCUCUGUGUGCCGCGGUCCCUUUUGAAUCCCUUGUCUCUUUGUGAACGAGACAGAUGGCACAUCGAAUUAUCGCCCAAAUCGUCCUCACGGGCGGCCGUGUCUUUGGAAGAGCCUUUGCGGAAGCAUACAAACAAGCCCAGGCCUCCUCUCAAUAUGCGAGGGCCGCCACGAAGAAUGACCCAGGCGCCCUCAAUACCGCUGCCGCAUCCGGUAUGACCCUCGACGAAGCCUGCAGAAUCCUAAACGUCAAGCCGCCGCAAGGCGGCAAGAUAAAUAUGGAACAAGUUAUGGAACGGUUCAAAAAACUCUACGAUUUGAACGAGCCCAAAAAGGGUGGCGGUGGCGGAUCCUUCUACAUUCAAAGCAAAGUUCUUCGAGCCAGAGAACGACUCGAAGCCGAAGCUCGCUCAGCCGAGCGGAAAGCGCAAAUGGAGAAAGAAAUCAAAGAAGGUUGGAAGCCCAAAAUGUACAGAGACUGAUAUUCUGUGCUAACCGUCGACAAGGACGGUGACCACACGCGAUGGUUUCUCCAGCUGGAUGAGAAUCUUCCAGCCAUUCACCCACUCCACUUUUUCCGGUCGGUCUUGAUGCAUAGCGAAUGGCGUUGGGGAGAACUCUACAAUGGAAUUGUACAAUACAGGGAAACUGCGACAUCAUUUCGCGAGCGACUUGAUUUUCAAGAGUCUUGGAUGGAAGGAUCGUGGUACAAGAAGAAGUGCAAGAAGAACAUGACCAGGAAGAAAGCAUAGGUCGAGUGACUAUGGCAGAGGAAUACAAGUCGAAUAAGUCCUGAACAGAAGGCUUGAAUGCAAGGAAUCGCUUCCAAGGCCACUACUCUACUCUGCCAAGCGGGCGUUGAUCAGGCAAGCUGGAAGGAAGGGAGAGCUGGUCGUCCAUUGAUCAGGUAUACUGCCUGCAUACUCCCACGCCUUGCGCAGAAUACGCUCGCAGCAAGGGAUGCCCCUCUUGGAGGAUUCCUGAACAAGAAAGAGCGGUAUGCUGAAACGGUAUCUGGACUGCGACUAUGUGUGGUAAUCUCAGCCUGGCCAUUUUUAGGCACACAUUACGUUGUGCGGCAGAUACGAGCUAGUACCAUGAUAAUUCUCGGGCCAUGCUACGUCUGCAGAUGUUGGCUGGAUAUAAUGCUACCAUUCGCCCAUUAGGAGGCAAUGUGUAAACAGAAUGUCAAUUGAUAUGAAGUGC